AUGUCGGGCAAUCAUCACCUCCAAGAUCUCAAGGCGACCUACACCGCAUACGAGCCUUAUCUCGAUUCAAGCUCGUCCGGGACUUCCAGCUCGGCCAGCUCUCGCAGUGUAUCGAGCCUGAGCGCCGCGGAGCAGGAGAAGCUCAUCGCCGCCCUGAAAGGUUUGCAUGUGCGCACGCACGAUGCGCUCCUCGCUUUGUGCUGCGCACUCGACAUCGAGGGCCGCCGCACCGAUCCAGACGCCAAGGUACAGGCACUCAUGGUGCAGGCGUGGUCGGGCCUGAACCGCACCAAAAAGUUGCGCUUCUGGCGCCGCAACCCGCUGUGCGCGUUCCCCUCUUCGCUCGAGACGGUGCUCGGCGGCGUCGCGUGGUCCGUGGGCGGGGACAUGCGCGGCUCGUUCCUGCAGUGCGUGUUUGCGCUGUACGCCUCCUCCGACCUCGAGAACAGCGGCGGCGUGGCGCUGACGACGUCGUCUUUCGCGAUGAUGUGGCGUACCGCGGGCGGGGUGCAGCUCGAGUGCAGCAGGCACUGGGCCGAGUGGCUCGAGGGGCGCCGUGUGUCUCUCAUCGAUCUGCUGGAGAACGGCGACUUCUGGGAAUCGGCCCCCUUCCGCUGGCAAAACUCACAUAGUGAGAUCAACCGCCUCCUCGCGUUUGUCGACGCCAGACACUGUCCCUUCCAACCGAUCAAGAUGCACCGUCGCCCGACGGCGGCCAGGCCUAAGCUGCCGAAGGCUGCCGCGUCCCUACUCCCCGAGAAGAGCGAGAGCGCCCUCGUCAAGAGAAUGAGCGUAUUCAGCGCCCUCCCAAGGGUCGAUUAUGACACCGGCGACGCCCACGCCGCCGCGCACGUCGACAAGACUCUCGUGAAGCGCAUCAAGGCGGUUUUGCCGAGCAGCGAGUGCGAAGCAUAUGUCGACUUGGGAAUGCCGGACCCGCGCGUGAUUGCUGCUGCGUUCGCGAACCUCACCGUUGAGUUCAGGCACUGGGCUUGA